GAACUGAACGUAGCGCGCGUUAUGUAAACCCCCCGACUUAGCCUGCCAUCCUUGCGGGCUCAAUUGAAGUGGGUGGUUAUCGAUGUUCUACGCUGUAAUGAGCAAUUCCCUGAACUCCAUCAUGCUAUUACUAAGAAAUUCAAUGGAUGCGAACCAAAAUACUGGUUCAAAAUAUAAUCCGUCAUUUUCUUGUCCGACGUCGACUGAAUUUUGCUAAGUAUGUAUGUCACUGUUAGUUCAACGAGCCAUAUAUAAGGAGUCUAAGAAAAUUAGUUUUCAAGAUGCAGUUACUAGGUAUGGAAUAAUUGACUACUGAUCUGAUGCUCUUUCACUUCAAGAAUCAUCUUUCAACAACGCAGUUACGGAUAACUGUUUUCACUUAACGAAGGGUCGGAAUAAAGCUGGCAUCAGUAGAUUUGAAAAACAACUUUCAUUCACUCGUAUGUUGUUACAUAGUUGUGAAAGUGUUUGAUUAUCCGAGCAAUCAAAGAAAAGUGUGCUAUCGUAUUAGUUUGACUCAGAAAAUAACUGAUAUUGAUGCAGUCUGCGACGUUAUCGGACGUUUAGAAAACUUUCCAAUGACCAUGAAUCAAUUACAAGAUACUAGGAUUGGUCAACUUCUACAAACUAUCCGGCAUAAAGUAGAUAUACCUCUUCAAAAGCGGAUUCGACUUGUCAUCAAGGCCUGGCAGAAGCUGUUAAGUCCUGACUUUUCACACCCGUUUGUAAUUCCUUCAAAAGCGUCUGACAAAAGUGUAAAUACACCUCUUAAAUCAAAUGGUACACCAACUAAGCCACACGUUCAUGAAACGUCUAUGCUAUCUACAAAUGCUAUGAAAACCUCACUUCCUUCACAGUUAAAACGUCCUGAUAUAGUCAGCAGCAAUGAGGCAUGUGUCCGUUCAACGAAAAGGAAUUUGCCAGAUGAUUCACCAGACAAGACUUGUGACAAAACUGCAUCAAAACCACGUGCCUGUCAGACUCAGCAUAGCGAUAACCAUAAUUUCAAUGAAUCUAAACGCCAAAAAUCUGUAGACUUAUCAUUGCCUCCUAGGAGCGUAUCAAAGCUAAGUCACAAUAAUAGUCCUUCGGUUAAGAUAUUAAAUGGCACUAGGGGUACAGAACCACAGGAUUCUCGAUCUCAAUCAAAUUCAGACUCUCCAGUAUCGCAGUUAUGUACAUCGGCGACCUCUCGAUUACCACCUCUACAAAGUUUGUGCAAACCUCGUGUAAUCAACUCUGCCCGUUUAUCAAAAGUUAAAUCCACCGCAGAGCUAGUUCAAGAGGCAGGCGACUGCAUUGAUUCCGCUACUGCUGAUCGUAUUCUAACAAACAGAAUUAGUAAAGAAGUUGAUCCAUCACGUGUGUCUUCUCUUACGCAGCCUACAAAACUACAUUUAAGCCGAACAUCUUCUGGUCCUCAUCAAACUUCAUGCAAUAUCACUGUUAAUAAUAAUGAAGUAACACCACUUCCAAAAUCCAGUACAUUUUCAGAUUCAAAGUCCCACAUAGAACCAGAGUUUAUCGAAACUUCUGCUUUAAUUGACAAAAGCCGUAUCCCUGUUUCCGAUUCUUUCGGAAUGACAUCACAUUCAGGAGUGACGCAAACAGUUGCUCAUGAUCAAAAUCCACUUUUCACGAAAAACAAUGAAAAUAUUUCGAAUCAGCCACUUAUCAUGAAUGUAAAUAGUGAAAUACAGGACUCCCAAAAGGUAAAAAAGAAAAAGAAACACAAGCAUCAUAAGCAUCACUCCGAUAUAUUGGAUGAAUCGUUUGGGUCGCACUCCAAGAAAUCAGAGAACUGGGAAGAAUACAGAAAACAUAUGCCUCCCGUGACUAAUUUCAUGGACGAUUGGCCAGAAUUACCAUCUUUACCAGCUGAGAUUGAUUUCAAUAGUCUUGACAGUAGCUAUGUAACUACCUGUGAUAGUACUUUUUCGAAUAAUAAAGAGCAUACCCUCUCCCCUAAGAGGCGCACAAAAGGCACUGAACUUGAUUUUAUUUCUCCUACUGAAGUGCACUCAGUUUCGCUCGGUGACCAAUAUUUACAUAUACUACCUUGGGUUGACAUGAUAGGAUACAGACGCCAAUUUUUUCCUUCUUCCUCUGAUCGUGAGCUAGAUGAACUGAUUAAACUGCCCGAGCCUUGGUGAUAUACUUGUCCUUGUUAAGAACUUUUGCUGCGGUGCCUUGCGGGAUUAACCAGUGUAUUCUACUUGUUUCUUUCAAAUUGCGAGUACUUUUGAGUGUAUCUAAAUUACCCUUCUUUGACAUUGAUGAAAAUAUCAUGUGGCAUUUAUUUCAGUUAUCAGUAGAUAAAUUUUUUGCAGAUCAAGGUGCAGAAACAUUUCAAAAAUUGAAGUUUAGUAUCUUGUUGAUGACCCUAGUCACUGGUUUGUGAAUGUGACUCAACUACUCAUCUCUAGUCUAAGUGUGUUUUGUCAUACUCCUUGCUGUUGGAUAAACAUCUUCCUGAAUAAGGACAUCACACAUAUCGAAAGCCCAUUUUAAUGCUUUACCAGAAUGUAACUGUUCACUAUGGGCUUGGAAUUUUGUACAUAACUAACUUGAUUUCUUUAACUGUUUGCUUUAUAAGAUUUGAAAAAAAUAUAUAAAAAAUGUAUCUAACGAGGAAUUAUUGUUUUAUAUUCACUUUAUAGCUACAAAGUUGUAUAUUUCCUUGAUUCAUUGUCUAUGAAUACCAUCUAAUUGUCUAGUUUGGCUUCCAGGUCACAAAACAAACAUCGUGGUCGUUUUCUCCAGUCAGUUGUCGUGGUCUCUACGAAGUUCUUUUCACAAUUAGGACACUGAAAUCAAGAAAAAAAGAGUUUAAAUUUAUUUUGAACAACACUGGUCUUCAUUCAUAGCUUGGACUUCUGCUUACAUCUAUCCAGGUUUUCUGCUGUUAUGAAUAUAUAUCAAGUAGAUUUAUGCGAAUAUUCUGGACAAUUCUGUUAAAAUAUCGCCAUAAUUAUAAUUUAACAUGACUGUUACUAACACUUACCGAUUAUUAUCGCCCUUUAACUAAAGGACAGUGUAAAUUGAGCACUUAUUUUUCCGUGCACUGAAAAAAUAUUUGUGCCUAUCUGAAGUGAAAUUUUUGUAUCAUCGCUAUAUCUAUUUAACUUCUCUCCGGAGCAUGACAGGUAGUUUGCAACCUAAAGUAUAUCCGAAGAAGCAUAUGGCGUAACUCUGUUGUAGGUAUUUGCUUCAGUUAUUUAUAGAUGUGUCUGAUCUGGCAAUGUUUUCGAAGACCAUUUGCUCGUAGUAUAUCGAGUUCCUAGCCCCCUUUUUCAUUGCCAAUUUUACUCCUGUAUCCUUUGCAGUAAGUCAUUCUCAUCAAAUACUUUAAGACAGUGUUAGUUGCAGUGGCAACUUUCUCGAUGUGAGUUAAGUUCGCGUAAGUCAAUGUUAUCAGUGUAUUAAGUAACCGAGCUUUCUGUUACAAACUAUUGACUUCCUACCUUCAAUUCAUAUUCUUGUUUUCAGCAAACAUUUAUGAGGUCUUUGGGACCUGUGUUUAAAGAUGUAUAUAUCUGGUUUUGUAAUAACUAUCUUCCAUACUUUGAUGGAAAUUCUAGGAAACUAUCGAAAAGUGAAGCUUUUUAGUUGAGUAAGCAAUUAAAAUAUGACAUGCCAGUGACAGAAGAAUUGGUUAAGUUGUGUGUUCCCACCACAUAACAGUAAAACUAUAGGCUUAGGGUGAUAUUUGGAAGAGAU